CAGCCGAAGAUUUUAGAAAUGGUGAGGACAUGUGCGGCUCCAGGCUGUAGAACUGGAUACCCUUUAAAGAAAGGUGAAGCAAAUCAAGUUAGACCAAAACGAGCACUUUUCGCAGCCCCCAAAGACCAAGAAUUGUUGAAGAAGUGGCAACACAACUUACCAAGAAAAGAACUCAAGUUGAGUAAUAGCUCUUAUGUCUGUGAGUUACACUUCCUACAAGAAGAUAUCCAGAACUCCUACUUUGGAUUGUGUAAUGGUGUACCAUCUGACGUUAUUGCACUGCAGACCGUUAACAAACAUUUAAGACCAGUAGCUGUACCUGUUUUAUGGCCUGGAUGCCCAGAUUAUCUGUCAAAGAAAGAGAAACCGAAAAGGAAACCUCCCAAAGAACGAGUCCUUCCCAGCCCAGAAGCUACCAUCUUCGAUAAUGAAGAAGUUGGUUCGGGAGAUAUCGAUUUUUCUGAGAUCACCCUUGACCCAUUUCUUGUUGCUGAUCCUGAUUUAACAAGUUAAAAAAUUUUUUAGGUGUGUCUGAUAUAAAGUAAUAAAUGUAAUUAAUAUCCUACA